AUGGCUGUUGGGCAACAAGUGUGCCUUUCUCCUGACUUGACCGUUGAGCAAGCCAAGCUUAGCGCGGGUACAACCAUCAACGUGGCGUCCUUGAAAAAUCAAAGGAAUAAGGGCGUGGAGAAAGUCGAGCAAUCCGGGAAUCCUCCAACUCUUGCUUCUGCAACUGCAGUUUCUGGUUCUCUCCCUCCUAGUACUAAUCCUGCUGCUGCAACUGCUGCUCCUUUUACCAUCCAAUUGGACCCAAUCGAGCCCAGCAGCAUGGAAGGCGAGGGGCACAAGCCGAGGAGAGGAGCUUCACCAGGGGUGGGUGGAGCAGGGCCGAAGUGCCUUGAUUCUGAUGCUGGCGGUAGCAUGGAAGAGGAGCGGCACAAGCUGGAGGCUCCAGUUCCGACAAAAUCUGUUAAAGCAGAGCUUAAGAGUGUUGACUCUGAUGCUGGCAGUAGCAAGGAACAGGAGGAGGUCGUAGUGAGCGUAGAGAGCUUAGCAGAGUCUGUUCAGAAGUUGAAAGAGCAGUUUAAGAGUGUGGAGGCGGUGUGCUUGACACUCCAGACCAAGAGUGUUCGACUGGGACAGUUAACUGCGGCAGCUGGUGGGGAAGCAGAGCAAGUGGAAGCGAAAGAGGAAGAGGCAGGUGCUGGUGGAAAGACAAGCUUCUUACAGCCCGUUGAGGAAUUGGAAGAGCACUUGGGAACUCUUAAGGUGCUGCAGAGGGAAGUAAGUUCUGCAGCCCAGACCGGCCAGAGUGAACCGAGUCAGCCUGAUGAGGCCAACAAAGGGGCAGCAGACGAAGCAAGGGCGGAAGAAAGUCCAAAGCCGCGCCAGCUGCUGUCUCAUGCCGAUAUGGUUCACUACUUAGAUGUGACGAGCAGGUGGGAUGAGGAUCUGUGCGUGUGCUGCUUUGACCGUGCUGUGAGUCAGAGAGCACGGCGAGCACUUGCGAUUAAAGACCUUGAUGAGUUGCGUUGCCACCUGCGCAAGCUGCAGCCUCGUUCCAUCCCCGCAGCAGCCCCGGAGCAGCAGCAGCACAACCAGGCCGCUUUUGAGUCCUCAAUCGUCGCUGAGCUGGGGGCGAGCAGGCAGAGGGAGGGUGACAAUUUCGCUUCCAUGCUGGUGCAGGUGCUGGGGGUGAAGGAGAGUGCUGAUCUGCAGAAAGGGUUUGGGUUCUUUGUGCAGCAACUGCUGUCAGGCGGGCUGGAGAAGGCGCAUGCUGAGAGUAACGAGGGAGCUCGGGGUAAGGAUGCUAAGAAAACGCAUGUGGAGGGGAAGGAAAAGGGGAAAGCGGAGGAGAAGGCUGCUGAGAUUACGCAUGUGGAGGGGAAGGGCAGACAGGAUGCGUCACAUGGGGAGGACGAUGGGAGACAGGGAGAGGAAGAGGCAGGGAGCAAGGUAGAGAUUUGGGUCCGAGUCUACGGCUCAGAUUCCAUCUCGGAGAAACAGUGCUUUAAGGACGACCCUCAGAACAAUGUCCGGCCCAUGCGCCACCCGCUUCGAGACCUUCCGAGCCUACUCGUCAGGUUCGGCGCCAUUCCCAAGCCUUUGGAGGGAAGGAACGUUCCUUUGGAGUGGGAGGAGUGGCCUGGGGGUGACAAAGCUGCUGUGAAGUUUCCUGUGAACCGAAAAGAGAGGUGUUUUGGGCUUGGGAUUGUGGAGGAGCAUGGUGAAGCCCCUGAGAAGCUGACCCAGGACCCUCCUCAGCACACAUCUGAAGCAGGAAGGGACGGCAGGCGUGCAAAGGAUGCAGAAGGCCAAGGAGGUAGUCACGAAGGUGAAUGGAGCAUGGCGCGUGGGAUAGCUGAAGCUGGAGGGGGCAGCAGGAGUGCAAGGCGGAGAGACUCCAAGGCAAUAGAGCUAGGAGCUUGGGAGGAAUCCUUGAAGAGCAAGGCGCGUGCGAUAGCUGAAGAAUUUCCGACCGCCGAUGUGAGAGUGACAGUGCUACCACCGCCCAGAAGGAAGCUUCCCAUCGUUCGCUGCCUGGCAGAUGUGGAUUUUCUGCCAUCUGUUCUCCCGCGUGCUCUCCCUCUUCCCGCCGCCCUCCCGGGCUUUGACGAGCUCGUUGACUGCCUCGAGUUCCCAGCGCGCCUGCGCAGGCCCUUGAACCUGCACAUGCUGCUGAGGCGCGCCGAGCAGGUGCCUGUGUAUUUCCUCCUUCACAUGGCUAUCUGGUGCGCCCAUCCUCUUUUGGAAAGGAGUGAGUUCAAGAGGCGUGGCGUUGCAGCAGCGCAGGGAGUGCAGUCGGCGGCGAGCGAGGGAGGAGGGAAGGAAGGAGGAGAAGGUGGAAGGGUGGAGGUGCAAGGCCGCUGGGACGGUGAGGAGAGUCAGGAGAACGGUGGAGAGGUGUGGGAGGAGGUGCGGAUGUGGUAUUCCGCAGUGAUGGCUGAGUGGAGGUUCAAUGCGGAGGGUAAGGGAGAGAGCGAGGAGUGCAGAGGUAGCAGGGAGCAGGAGUGGACGGAUGAGGAGUGUGACAUCACGUGGCUUCUCGAUGCAGCCAUCUCGCCCAGGUACUGUGAGGGGCUGCCGGGGCAGCGUCGGUCUGCCAAGGGUAGCAGUGGCACUGGCAGCAGCAGCAGCAGCGGCGGCGGCGGCGGCAGCAGCAGAACUGGCCGUAGCAGCAGCAGCAGCAGCAGCAGCAGCAGCAGCAGCAGUGUUCGAAGGGGUGGCAGCAGCAGCAGCAGCUGUAGCAAGGGGAAGGGGAAAAAGGGGGAGGAGCCAGCUUAUCUGAAGGCAUGGCCAGGGGGGGUCAAUCUGGUGGCAUGUUUGCGUGAGAUGCUGUUGGGGGAGCCGUGCUACCGUCCUGCCUCCCCUGCUGCCCUUUCCACCCCUGCUGCUGCUAUGUCUUCUUGGUCUUCCGCCUCUCCCAACCCUGCAGCCAUGUCUGCCAUCCCUCCCAACCCUGCUGCAAAGAGCAUCCGUGCUGCUGCUGUUCCAGACAUGCAAGGCCGUGCCUGCAGUGCUGUUGUCACACUUGGCUCUGACCCUGCUGCUUGUGGGGUCCGUGUGUGCAGUGCUGCGGGGUGUAAAAUGGUGGAGGGCGGUGGUGUGAAGUUCAAGAACUGCUCUGGGUGUGGCAAGGUGGCGUAUUGCAGCAGAGAGUGCCAAAAGGCGCACUGGCCCUCCCACCAGCUCACAUGCCCAGGCAGGAGCAGCGGGAAGAGGAGUGGGAAGGAUGAGAGCAAGGAGUGCGGCAGGAAAACCGAUGAGGAGAGUUGUUGUGAGGGCAGUGCCUGCCAAUAG